AUGACAAACUCAAUUAAUAAAGUGGCGAUCAUCGGAGGAGGUGCUGGAGGACUUGUCACGUUGAACGAGUUUCUCCAUACGUCGAAGUCAGGUAGAUCCACAAUCACAAGAGAUGAGGAGCACCACGUACUACCAGACGAGCCUGCUUUUGAAGAGAUUGUAGUUUUUGAGCAGAAUGACUCUAUUGGAGGAGUCUGGAACUAUACCAAAAAUGCGGACGAGGGCUUUCCCACAGAUAUUGAAAACUACUAUACUCCUCUGGGGAUCCGUCCACCCAGGGACCCUCCAACAGAUCUGACAAACACGGACAGCACAGCGCCAGUGGAAGUAGAAGCCAAAAGGACUCAUAGAUGGAACACCAGCGGUGUUUAUGACGGUCUGUACACGAAUGUUCCGAUCUCAGUCAUGAGAUUCUCCUCAGGUCCGCCGGUCAAAAGCGGUGUCGAUUGCGAUUUUCACCCGUUCGUGAUGCACCAUCAUGUGUUGGAUUAUCUGAAGGAUUUUGCCAAGAGUAACGAUCUAGAGAAGUACAUCAGAUUCAACUCGUCGAUCGAGCAGAUGUACAAGGAUGAGGCUUCUGGUAAGUGGGUUUUGACCGUCGUCAACACUGAGAACGGCGUGGAAAAAUGGUAUCAAGAAACGUUUGACGCAGUUGUCGUUGCUGUCGGCAAGUUCAACAUUCCAUAUUUCCCUAAGAUUCCCGGAUUGCCUGAAUACUCUAGUAGAAAUGGCAAUGUCAGACAUGCCAAGAGCUACAGAAAUGCCAGCGAUUAUAAAGAUAAAAAGCUGUUGAUAGUUGGAAGCAAUGUGAGUGCCAUUGACAUGUUGCAAUACCUUGUGCCUGUGUGCAAGGAGAUACACGUAAGCAUGAACGUUUCAAGGAUUGAGGAUUUCAAUCUCGAGAAGAGUCCUGCCAAGAACUGGAUAGAAGAAGUUCUCAAAAACCCGGACUUUGGCAUCAAGCUCCAUCCAAAAAUACAUCACUUUUCCCAGACUUAUGUCGGGUUCCAUGAUGGAAAACAAGAACACUUUGAUGAGGUGAUUUUGGCCACAGGAUACCACACCUACUAUCCGUUUUUGAAUGUGCCUCAGAACGAGGGAAAGGAAUACGCAAAGAUUCUUCCAAGCUCUGAAAAAGACAGGGAAGGACAACUGAAUAUUGUGAGGAACCUAUACCUGUACACUUUUGCAGUUGGUGAUCCCACAUUAUGCCAUAUAGGGCUUCCAAUGACGCCUCUGUUCUUCCUGCUUUCUGAAGUUAGCGCAAUAGCAAUAGCUGGCGUGUGGACCAACGCCAAGAAACUUCCUCCGCCCGAGAAGCAAAGAGAGUGGAUUGAACAUUACGAGGAUCUAAAAAGGAACGGUACCUCCUUACUAAUGCCUGACUUUGCUCUGGAUUUCUACAAUGAGAUUCAUAGCUAUGGCCCUAAAGGUAGAUACAAUUUUUUUGAUACGAAUGGCGGCGUCGACAUAGCAGCCAUUAAAAAGGCUUCCCGAGAGUACUUCUACAAAGUUAUAUCUGGAAAACUCCAUCCAGAAUGA